AUGGCUCAACCAGUAAGUUCAGUCACAAUGAAACCUGUACAAAAUACUCCAGUACUUCCACAGACAGAAGUAUCGAACCCUGUAGGUUAUAUCCACUCAUCAACAAUGCCAACUUUUGGAUCUAUGCUUCCAAUCGCUUCUAGAACUGGGAAUAAUAAUGUUAAUUUUAAUAGCCCCGUUAAAGCAAAUCAAUCUGAAACUUCUGGACUUACACUAGUUUUAGAUGGUAAAAGCUAUGAACCUGAAGAAUUACUCAACUUAAUUGAACGAUUACGACAAGAUAUUCGAGGAUACACUGAUCACAUAAGAUGGCUUGAACAAGAAUUGAGUCAAACAAGACUCAAUUUAAACGCUCGAGAAAGAGAUAUUGACAAACUGAAAUCAGUUUUAGACCAAAAACUUUAUAAUAAUAUGACACAACUACCUACCCACCCCGUUACACCAAUAUCCGAUAUAUCACGUCAAACAAUUAAACAAAACACGUUAAAUGUAACCGGAAUAACGCCUACAUUAAAUGCAACUGGUAUGCCCGAAAACACUGGACAACAAAUGUUUGCAGAUAAAUUACGCACUAAGAAACAAGGUGUUUCAGGUGAAAGUUUUACUGGACAUCAAUUAUCAGGUCUUGUACAUCAUGAUAAAGAUGGUUGGUCUUCUAGUUUAAUUCGAGAUGCUAUCAGUAAUAAUACAUUUUUGAAGCAUUUAGAACAAUCACAAAUUGAAGAAAUAGUAGCUUGUAUGUAUAAAAAACAAAUACCUCAUGGAUGUUUUAUUAUACGUGAAGGUGAACCAGGCGAUGCAUUGUAUGUUGUUUCAGAUGGAAUAUUGGAAGUAUACAAAGAUAAUGCAUUACUUGGACGAAUGGAAGUGGGUCGAGCUUUUGGUGAAUUAGCAUUACUUUACAACUGUAAACGAACUGCAUCUGUUCGAGCUGUAACCAAUGCUUCAGCAUGGACAUUAGAUCGACGUACAUUUCAACAAAUUAUGAUGUCUUCAUGUAUACAUAGACAGCAAGAAAAUAUGAAAUUUUUAAAAAGUGUCCCUGCAUUGAAAGAUCUAUCCUCAGAGAAGAUGAAAAAGCUGGCUGACGUCUUAGAACCAGUGUUUUAUGAAACUGGUGAAUAUAUAAUACGUGAAGGAGAACUUGGUGAAACAUUUUUCAUAAUUAAAUCUGGUAAAGUACGUGUUACACAUACAAUUGAUAGAACUGAUGAAACAAAAGAAAUUCGUCAACUAUCAGAUGGAGAUUGGUUUGGAGAAAGAGCAUUAUACACAUGUGAAAAACGAAGCGCCAAUGUAAUAUCUGCUGAAGGUGGUGUACAUUUACUCUCAUUGGAUAGGAGUAAUUUUAUUUAUCUAAUUGGUGAUUUAAAUGAAUUCAAAUCUAAAACGUAUGAUGAUAUCAAUCGUUCAUCUACUGGGAUAACAUCAAUAAAUUAUCAACAAUCAGAAGAGUAUUUAGGUAAAGAAGAGAUUGUUAGUACUCCACAAACUGUUGAACAAAUAGAAUCAAAGGAUUUGCUCUCGUCAGUUAAAAUUGAUAAAGAUGAUUUAGAACGAAUCACAGUUCUAGGUGUUGGAGGGUUUGGAUGUGUCGAAUUGGUUGUUUGGACAAAAAACAGAAAUAAAACAUUUGCAUUAAAACGUAUGAAAAAACAGCAUAUUGUCCAUACACGUCAACAAGAGCACAUUUGUUCAGAAAGACAAAUAAUGUUAGAGCUUCGAUGUCCAUUUAUUUGUCGACUUUACUGUACAUAUAAAGAUAAUAAAUUUGUAUACAUGCUGUUGGAAGCUUGUUUAGGUGGUGAAUUAUGGACAGUUUUACGAAAUAAAGGUCGAUUUGAUGAUGUUAUGACACGUUUUGUGGUUGCUUGUGUUUUGGAAGCGUUCACUUAUUUACACACACAAGGCAUAUUAUAUAGAGAUUUAAAACCAGAAAAUUUACUUCUUGACCAUAAAGGUUAUGUGAAAUUAUGUGACUUUGGAUUCGCCAAACGAGUUGGACAUGGUAAAAAGACUUGGACAUUUUGUGGCACACCUGAAUAUGUCGCACCGGAAAUUAUUUUAAAUAAAGGACACGAUAAUUCAGCAGAUUAUUGGUCACUAGGUAUUCUUAUUUAUGAAUUACUUACGGGAAGUCCACCAUUUACUGGUACUGAUCCAAUGAAAAUUUAUAAUGUUGUUCUGCGUGGAAUAGAUUGUGUUGAAUUCGAUCCAUCGAAUAUAAGUCGAACUGCAACUACACUUAUUAAACGUUUAUGUGCACAGAAUCCAGCUGAACGAUUAGGCUAUGGACGAGGGGGAAUAAUCGAUAUUAAACAAAAUAAAUAUUUUCAAGGAUUUGACUGGAUCGGUUUGCAUCGUGGUACGUUAGCAGCUCCUAUACAACCUACUAUACUUGGCCCAGAUGAUACAACUAAUUUUGAUAAAUAUCCUCAACAAAAUGAAAUCCCACCUGAUGAAACAUCAGGUUGGGAUAAAGAAUUUUAG